GCGGAUUUUUGCGGAAGCCGGCAGACGGUGGUCGUUUUCCCACUCGCCCCGUUUGUGUGGCUGUCGGAGCGUCGUAGUAGUGCGUCAUGGAGAAAAACGGGCUGAGAGCGAAGAGCAAUCGCAUGUGCAGUGUGCCACAAUGCACAAAUCGUGCAAUAUUUGGAAAAGUCAGCUUGCACCGCUUUCCGAAAGAGAAAAAACGACGGAAGUUGUGGACAAUCAAGCUCCGCAUUGGGAAGCAAGUGAGCAAAGAAAUGGUCGUGUGUAGCGAGCAUUUCAACAAGGACGACUUUUUUUGGGGCCACCUUGACGAGUUGAAGCCCUUACGAAGGCGGCUGAAGAGAAACGCCGUGCCUUCUCAAAAUAUCCCGCUGCGCUCCCACGAGGCAGAAGUGAGGCCGAGGAUUUGCAGAAGAAAACACACUGCAGAUACACAAGGUAACAAGGGCCAGGACACUGCAGUACCACCUGAAGCAGUCACUGAUGGGGACUGCGCGUGCGAGCUUCCGAACUAUCCUGAAGAAGGUGAAUACGACGGUGAGAAUCAUGUUUGUGCGACACUCGCGCCGUACUUUUGAUGUCUAGACGUUC